AAUGUUCUGAAUGUGAUGACGUCACGCUCGCGCUCAGGUGGAGCCAUUCAGGGGCCGCAGAUGCUUGUGCGCGUUCACGAGGAGCGCGCCGUGUUGACGGACGCGAGUGACUGGAGAGGCAACAUGUCCACCACAGCCGCCGCGCAGCUGAACAACAAUGAAGAACAUGGACUCAACGGGUCCUGGGUGGAGCUGGAGUUGAACGGAAACACUCAGCAGCAGAACACCAGCUUGCCCUCGCUGCUGGGGAAUGGGAACCAAGGCGAGUCCCAGGCUUCACAAGCCCUGGAGGCCGUGCAGGAGGAAGAGGAGGUCCUAACAGGAGGACUGGAGCACGUGCCUUCCUCCUCCUCUAUCCAUAACGGAGACAUGGAGAAAAUCCUACUGGACGCCCAACACGAGUCCAGCCCUAGCAGUUCAUCCUGCAACAGCCCACCACGACCACACAGUCCUGACCAGGAUGAAGGGCAGAUCAUGUUUGAUGUGGAGAUGCCCAGCGAGAGAGACUGUCAGUCAGAAGAUGAUAGUCUGGAGAGGGACAAAGAGGAUGAUAUCCUCAUGAAUAAAGGGGAGAGUUGGGUGGCAGACUGGUCCAGUCGGCCAGAGAACAUUCCCCCGAAGGAAUUCCACUUCCGCCACCCGAAGCGUUCUGGAUCGGUGUCUCUGAGCAUGAGAAAGACAGGUGCUAUGAAGAAAGGAGGCGUGUUCUCCGCUGAGUUCCUCAAAAUGUUCAUGCCCUCGCUGCUGCUCACCCACAUCCUGGCUCUGGGACUGGGGGUCUACAUUGGGAAGAGGUUGACUACAGCCUCCACCAGCUCAUUUUAAACCUGAUUAGACCCCAGUGCCUGGACGCCCCAUCAUGAGCAGCCGUGGCACAGCAGUGGCCAAUCAUGUGAUGAUUCCUCUCUCUCUCUCUCUCUCUCUCUCUCUCUCUCUCUUCUCUCCCCUGUCUGUCUUUCUCUUUAUCUUCUCUUUGAACCCACGGUACUGGUUUCCCAUAACCCCCUCUGCUGGGAGACGCUCCGCUUGUUGACCUUUAUCUCUGUCGCAGUUCCUUUCCCUCUAACGCUGUGGCUUACUGACAUGUUUUAUGUUUUUAUUUGGACAUGUUCUCAAUUAUUCACUGAUGCAAGCUAGAGCCCCAGUUACCACUCCAUCACUACAACCACAGCAUAUUAUCUUUUAUUUCUGCAUGACGCAUUUCAUAUGCAACUAAUGUCUCUCUGUGUGCUCCUGGAUGUGGCCGGGAAUCUUGGGAGAUUACUGUUUUAGGUACCGCUGGACUUAUACACAGUAUAGUGUCACCUUUGUAUCAAGUAUAUUGACUCCUAAUUUAAAAAAUUAGUGAUGUUUCACCCUAAAGAAAUCAUUCUAGAGAGAUAAUGAUGUGCAUUUGAAUUAAUUCACUUCCCUUCAUGUGCGAAUGAAUCAUAAAUACAUGUUAGAGUCAUUUCAAUGACUUUUAUAGGAGAACGACGGCCUCAUGAGACUAUUUAAAGUCAUUUUUUACAUAUGUCAGUGCAUUAUGUUGGACUGUUACAAUUAUUUUGAGACUUAUUUUGUGUAGAAUGUAAACCUUCCUCUCAGUUUUAGGAGGAUUGAGUUGCUGAAAAUUCAAUUUGCUCUUCGCUUCCAGAAAGAUCCAGUAUGACAGAUACAAAACUGAAACAUUGCUUUAUAGCAGCAGAGUAUAAAAAUAUAUAAAUGUACUACCACAAUACAUGUUUUUCUAAUCAAAAGACCUUAAGCUAAAGAGAUCAGCAUGGACAUACAUCUGUUUAAGAGCCAAACUGGUCCGGUUAGUUGUUUUUUGAGUUAUUAGAAAAGCUACACACACAUACAAACUCACAUGCUCUGGUUUGCCUUGAUGCAUAUCCUGCUUGCAGCAGUUUCUGACUGUGUAUCUCAGUGCCAAAGGGUUUCCACUGCCAAACCCAACACGAGUCCCUCGCACUUCUCGUAGACUCGGACUGGUUUGAGUGGAUUAUUUUUCCCGUCAGUUGCUCCAUUUUGACAACACCUUACAAGGCCUUUGAUUUUACUGUGAACAUCCUGUUGAUAUUAGUCAUAGUGUUUCUAUAGUUGCGUAUUAUGCGCUGUUGUACGUACUUUUGUCAAAUCAACAGAUCCACACUCCAUCUACAUAUUUUUAUGUGACAUGGAGUAGUUUUACAGAACGUUUAGAUGACUGUAACAGGUUUACACUCACCGAUUUACAGAUGAAAUCUGUCGUGAACACGUCCAGGUCAUAUUUCAUCCCAUGAUCAAUCCUUAUGAUCGAUUAUAUUCUAAUUUAUAAAGACCUAAGCCUGGUUUUAAUACCAAUAAGGUAUUGAGGUAUUUUUUCCAGGACAAUUAAACUAAUUUUCACCCAUUUUCUUUUCAAUUGAAAAAUUUAAAUUAAACUGUGAAUGAAAUAAUUUUUGCUUUAAUGUGUAUAAUUCAUGGUUAUAUUCAUUUCACUGCCUUUAAAUUCAUGCUGUUUUAAUUAAAAAAAAAAAUAGUAUUACACUAAUUUUUAUUGUAAUACAGUAAAAAAAAAAUUAAUGGAAAUAAUGUCACAAUUUAAAAAAUAAUAAUUGCAUUAGUCCUAAACAUAAACACACACACAUAUAUGGGUGUGUUUGUGUGUGUGCAUAUAUAUAUAUAUAUAUAUAUAUAUAUAUAUAUUAAAGAUAACCUGGACAUUUUCUUGACAGGUUUUUCACCCUCACAGUAUCUAGUAACACUUCUAUUAAGCAGAGAGUGUUUAAAAGACCUUGAAACCUCAUAGUUAAAUAGUCCAGUGAGAGUUCUGCUACUUUAACCAGUUAACAGGUCACCCUUUGCAUUGAGUCCGUCUGUGUCAUUGUGCCACACUUUACUUCUUUACUCUGUUUUCAUGCUUUUUCUGUCUCGGAGGGGGAGUGGAAAUACAAGAGGCCAAUUUAGUGUCACUUCAGCCGUGCCUCAAGUUUUGUUUGCACCUUUUCUGAGCCCCAUUGCAUGCGUGUGUUCAGAGAAUCCACAUCAGGACCAGUGACAGAGGUGAAGUUUUCCCCUGCGUGGGGCGGAAAUGACAACUGUGAAUGGAAUAGCUGUAGCUCAUGUCAGAUAUGAUAAACUAGCCCUGCCCUGUCUAUGUUGGGUGGGAUCACCAUACGUGAUGUUUUACGCACAUUAUUAUGUUUUUUUCUCUGUUAUAUCUCUUUUGUUGUUUUGAAUUUUUGCUUUAAUCAUGAGUAUGGAUACUGGAGGGCGGGGCCCUCGUGAUUGACAGCUGUAUGAUGUGUUUCGUUUGAAUUCCAAUAGUGACUGGAGUGAUGAAGCAAAGAACGUGUAGUUUCUUGUAUUUCGCUGGUAUUGGAGGAAAACUGAACUGAUAUUAAAAUAUAACCUGACAUUCA